GACUUCAAGCAGGGGCUGGCAAAAGCUGAAACCCCCCCCCCGAUAUCAGCUACCACUUUGCCAUCAGCGGAAAGACCCUCGGCAUCAUCUAUGAGCACUUCCCCCGAGCACCUGCCCAAGCCCCCCUCCUGCAGCUCCUGCUCUGUGCCACUGUCUAUGCCCUCAUGGCACCCGACCAGAAGACCCAGCUGGUGGAAGCCCUACAGCAAGUAGGCUACUAUGUGGGCACGUGCAGGGAUGGAGCCAAUGACUGUGGGGUGAGUUCUGUGUAGGGAGCUCGACUGCCUGUGUUCUUUCCAGCUCUGGGCUGCUCUGAGCGCCCUGGACGCCUGGGUUCUCCACACUCCGCCCCCAACACCAAGGGGGUGGAGUCACAGGUCACCCUCCCCCCCAGGCACUGAAGUGGGCACGCACAGGCAUCUCACUGUCAGAGCUGGAGGCCUCAGUGGCAUCACCCUUCACCUCCCAGCAGCCCAAAAUCUGCGUGCCUGACCUCCUCAGGUGUGGGGAGCAGGGCAUGUUGUGACCUGGGAUCUGGAGAGUCUGGGCUCCAACCUGGCCUUGAGCAGGGCACCACUUGGCGGUGGGGUUCAGAACACUGCAGGGCAUGCUGGGAUAUGGAGGCAUGCUGGCAAUGCAUGCUGGGAUGCGCAGUCCUCCCUGGCCUGGGGCCCUGACCUCUCCUGCCACAGGGAGGGGCGGGCAGCGCUGGUUACCUCUUUCUGCGUGUUCAAGUUCGUGGCACUCUACAGCCUCAUCCAGUACUUUAGCAUCCUGCUGCUAUACUCUGUGAGUGCGCCCAGCUCUGGGGGACCCCCCCGUCUGGCUCCAGGGCCAGCUACUUCUGGGGUGGGCGCAGGCAAGCGUAACGGGGCACCUUCCAAGCCACAAAGUGCCCAGGUGUGGGGUCACUAGGAGUUGACUAUACUAGUUAGGAUUGGCUAUAGUGGGAUUGGAGAUGUAGCCAGAUCUGGGAUAGAGCUCAGCCAAGUAUAAUGGGAUCGAGGAUGCACCCAGCUCGGGUGCAAUAUAAUAGGGUCCCUCCUCACCCAGGAUGCAUGGAGCUCUGGAGUGGAGAUUGCUUAGGGCUGGUUAGACUGGUUAGGAUUGGUUAUACUGGGAUCGGAGAUGCAGCUGGUUCUGAGACAGAGCACAGCCCAGGUUCUAAGGAUGCAUCCAGGUCUGGGGUUGAGAUCAGUAGGACUCGGUUAUACCAGUCAGGGCUGGUUAUAGUGGGAUCGGAGAUGCAGGUGGCUUUGGGGCAGAGCAUAGCUGAGUAUAACAGGGUCAAGGAUGAUCCCAGCUCUGGGGUGGAGCAGCCUGUCACCCCCCCAUUCCUUCCCCCCCCACAGAUGUUCAGCAACCUGGGUGACACCCAGUAUCUCUUCAUUGACAUGACAAUUAUGUCCCUCGCCUUCACCGGCCCUUUCCUGGCCGCUGUGAUGCUCGCCUCGGUUUUUGUGCUCCUGCUGCUGUGGCCCUGCCCUGCCCUGGCCCAGUUCUAUGAGGUAGGGGUCCAGGUGCACUGUGGGAUGGUGGAAGGGAGCAGGCAACUGCCAGUGUGGCUUGGGGGAGGAGUUAGACACCAUCUUCCAGCAUGCUCUCCACUCAUGAGGUGGGUGGGGGUUGUUGGGGUGCAUUCUCAGUUGGGGGUGCUGGGGCCCAGUACAUGCGGGGAGCUGGGGGAGGAGGUGCAGACCCCAAUGCAUGCUGGGAAACAGGUGGGUCAAGCCCAGUGCAUGCUGGGAAAUGGAGGGCGUUGCUGGAGUGGUGGGGGGAGAGCUUGGGAGUGGAGCUGUGCAUGCUGGGAGAUGGGAGUUAUGCAGGAGGCUGGUGGGAGGCAGGCCCAGUACAUGCUUGAUGGGGGAGUUCUGCAGGACAUUGGGAGAGGGGAGGCACAGUACAUGCUGGAAUGUAGGAGGACCAGAUCUGGGGGACAGGCCCAGUGCAUGCUGGGAUGCAGGAGGACCAGAUCCAGGGCUGGCUGGGGUUGAUGUCAUGGCAUGAAGGGGUCCUAGGGGCACUGAUGGGGGCUUCCCUGGGGGACUGGGAUGGCCUGGGCCAUGGUGGGGGACUCCAGUAUAGUGCCUAAGACCCACUAUCCUCACCAGCUGACCUGCAUGCCCUACGAAUGGCGCCUGACGCUGCUGGCACUAGCCCUGACCCAUGCCCUGCUGACUGUUGGCAUUGAGUUGAGGUUUGCCCCGUGGGGGUUGGUGGGGAGGGCAGCAGCAGAUUCAGAGUGCAUCUUC